AUGGCUGCUGCAAUAGAAACUAAACUUUAUGUAACGAAUUUUCCAAGUUCAGCUACUCGACAACAAUUACAACAAUUUUUUUCACGUUUUGGUCGUGUACAAGAAUGUGCGAUUAUGUGGAAUUCAUAUGCAUUUGUUCAUUAUGCGACGAUGGAAGAAGCUCGUCGUGCACUUGAUCAAUCAAAUGGUGCAAUGUUUCUUAAUCGGAAACUUAUUGUUCAAUUAUCUACAUCACGUUUUCGACCACAACCAAAAGAAAUAAAUAAUUCUAUAUCACAACAACCUAAACAAUUGAUGGUUAUGGCUAACCCGCCACCACCAUCAUCAUCGAUUAAUUAUCAGAAUUUUACUAAUGGAAAUAAUACUGGAGGAGGAUCAACAAUAAAAAAUCAACAGCAGCAGUCAAAUACACUUGCACAACAAUAUCCGAAUGAACUCAAUUAUGAUAUGAUUACAAGUUAUAAUCCUCAACAUUCACUAUCAUGUUCAUCACCAGUACAAGAUGGAAAUAAUUUUUUUCCAAAUACAUAUCGUCCUCCAUCACCAUAUUAUUUACCUCAAGAAAUAAAUAAUGGUUAUUAUCCACAAUAUCCACCAAUGCCUAUAGAUAGAAUGACACCAUCACCAUUAUCACUUCAAACAAAUAAAAUAAAUCAUAUAAAAUCAAAUAAAAAUAUUAAAACAGAUGUUGGUGCAAACGGUGAAAUUCCGAAAUUAUAUUGUACGAAUUUACCAGAUAAUUGUAAAGUCAAUGAUUUACAACGUUUAUUUUCACCAUUUGGUCAUGUUAUUGAUUGUGUUAUUCUAUGGGAUUAUUAUGCAUUUGUUACAUUUAAAACAUUUUUAGAAGCAGAACAUGCUUUACAUACACUUCAUGGUUAUACAUGGAAAGAUCGACGUCUUAUUGUUGAGUGGUCACGUGCAUCAGGACGAAGACAACAACAAAUAUCACCAUCACCAACAACACCAAAACUUAAUUCAUUUGGUUCCGAAGUUUCAACGCCACCAUCACCACGUACUCGUCCAUCGACAUUAUUAUCUCAUCAAUCUGCUUCUAAUGAACAAUUUUAUGGAAAUAAUUCACCGAAAAUUCUUUCACCACUUAAAUCCCAAUCACCACAUCAUACGUUUAAUCAAAAUCUUGCGAUGAUGUCAAUCAUUCAACAACAACAACAACCUGUUUUACAUCAUCAUCAUCAACAUUCAUCAAUACCAUAUGGAAAUUAUACAAAUAGAAAUAAUUUAGAAACAUUAACAAAUGAAAAUCAACCAAUAUUUGAUGGUUUAACCAAUUCUUCAUCAACCCAUCAUCUAAAUUUAUCACCAUUUAUUGAUCGAAAUACAUCAAAUUCAAAUACACUUUUUCCAUCACCAUCUGAAAUUGCAACACCAUCAUCACCUGUCUCAACAACAAAUGUUUAUCAACCAUCGGAUAUUGUUGCCUUACUUGAACCAUCAUCAUCUGAUGUGUCAAUCAAUACAAAACCAACAGAAAAUUCAGUAGUUAAUGAUAUAACAAAUAUUCUAUCACCAACAAUAACAAAUAUUCAAUCAUCAUGUUCAUCAACUGCAGCAGCAACUGCUAAUUUAUAUCAAGAAAAUCUUUUGUCAUCAUUAUUUGGUUCAUUUGAACCAUUUAGUAAAUUAUUUCCAAUUGAUGAACAAUCAACAUCAACAUCACGUUAUAAUAUAUUACCAGCAUCGCCAUUAUUAACAACAGCACCUGAUAAUAGUCAUCAUCCUAUCUAUUAUGGUCAUAAUACUUCUUGGGAUUAG